AUGGCCGCGACCAUCAAAGCUAUCAACGCGCGGAUCCGCUCCAAUAAAGUUCUGGAUUAUUUCUGCUCAACACAUUUCUGGGGUCCAGCUUCGAAUUUCGGUAUUCCCAUCGCGGCGGUGUUGGAUACACAAAAAGAUCCUGAAAUCAUCUCGGGCAAAUUUACCGCCGCCCUGACCGUUUACUCGGGCACGUUCAUGCGCUAUGCCCUGGCCGUGACACCCAAGAACUACCUCCUUUUUGCAUGCCAUUUCGUCAACUUCAACGCCCAACUGACGCAGGGGUACCGGUGGUACGAUUACUGGUAG